AUGAGCGGGUUAGAAAAGUGGGCGUGGUCUCGACAUUCGCGAAAUCAAACCUGGUACCCAGGUCCCCGACUAAGGAGAAACCUCUUCUCAGCAACACAAAAAAAAAAAGCCAAAUCCAAAGAACAAGACAAAGAAAAAAAAGAAAAAAAGGAAAAGGAAAAGGAAAAGGAAAAAGACAGAUCGAGAAGAAAAACAUUAAAUGACAUCCCUAGCACAACUAACAAAGUUGUGGAGAAUGAAGUUGCUAGGAUAAACUCCAAAAUAAACCAAAACAAUGCUGCCCAUAGCUCAGGUUUUGAUAUAAAAAAGUGCUUGCUAGAGCGAGAAAAUGAAAAACUAGCAAAAGACAACGAAAGGUUAACUAAGCUGGUUGAAACUCUAUCUGCGCAAAUAAGCGCGCAAUCCGCCCAAAUUGAAAAUCUCCAACUUCAAAUGGAGAAGUUAGUAGAUUCACUCUCAAAGCCUGCCCCCCAAAGCGUGGAAACGCAGGAUAACCCCCCAAACAUAGAUGCUGACAGCCCAAAAAGGAAAAAGGCCAAAAAAACAAAUGAUUGUGACAAAUCUAUGGAAACAGACAUAGACAACUCACAACCACUGGAAUACCAAGGGCCAACAAAGCAAAUAGCAACAACAUCCAGCUAUACCCCCCCUAUAAACUCAGAUGUCCCGACGGCGCCUCAGCCACAGUUAAAUCAAUUAAACACAGCCUCACCGAAAACUGACUUUCCGUCACUACCACCCUCAAGUUAUUCUCCACCGACGCAGCAAGAUGUUAUCAAUCCAGUGCCAGCAACACAGGCAGAAACUCCAAAGCAAAAGGAAAAAAUUCCUCCCAUAGUAUUACGCCAAAAAAAAAGGCUUUAUAGCCAGCCCAACAGAGCUCACAAGCCCCGCCCCCCAUUUCUUGACCACUCAUUGGUCAGCCAAAGUGUUCACCUCGUGCACUGA